AUGGAUGAAGUUCAGGAGCAGCAAAGUCAACCACUUUGUGAGCAAAUAAACUCAUGUGGUGAUGAAUUUAUUGAAGAUUUACAUCCUGAUGAUGAAAUGAUAGAAGAUCAAAAUGAUAUAAACUUGCUUGGGAAUGAUUUGAAGCAGCCAACUGCCAAUUCUUCUUCAUAUAAUGGUUCUUUGGAACCAUGCUUUGGUUUGGAAUUCGAUGAGGUAGAAGAUGCUUGUAUAUGUUAUAAUGCUUAUGCAAGGAAAAAAGGUUUUAGCAUUAGAAAAAAUCAUACUCGACUAUCGAAGGGAGACGACAAGUUAUUGAUUGGGGUAGAUUAUUCUUGUUCAAGGGAAGGAUUUCGUCAUAAGAGCUAUCAAAAGAAAAUUCAUAUAAAUUUGGAACCUGCAGAAACAAGGGACAGUCAGUUUUUUCAAACUUUAUGUAUUUGA